AAAUCAGCGGACGAGAAAAUACCAGGGUAACCUUCUACCUUGAAAAUCCAAGAAGAAGAAGAGGUCAAAAGUCCUCUUAGCCGCCAACGAGCAGAACAGGAGGAAGAAGUAGUAGUGCUCAGCGUUCCUUCGUCGUUCAAACUUAUUCCAGCCUAAGGAUCUGAGUAAUGUGUUCCCUCGGCACCUGGCUAUGUUUUUAUUCCAUCAUCGUGCUCGGGACAUUCAUUGCGGAAUGCGUGGCCACGUACCUGAUUGCACUGCUUACCGAUUAUCACAGGCGGCCCUAUGUUUAUGUCGUGUAUGGCAGAAACGCUGUCAUCCGUCUCAUCAAUUUCAUCGCGGCCAUGAUGUGCAGCAGUGCCCUUAGCUCCGACAACAUGAAGACGUUCUUUAUCUGCACUAUCCUAAUCGGAGCCAAAAUUGUCGGGAACGUCAUGUACGGGGUCAGCAAUUUCGUCUACGAAAACUUCGUCAUGUCCCCAGGGGUGCUGGACGGUUUCAAGGACCAGUACACUAUAAUGAACAUGUCCGCUUCACACCGAUUGAUCAGCAUCGCUCUCUGGACGGCGAUAGAGGGUCCCCUGCUGUAUAUGAUGUUGAACUACUACAGUCAGAGAAUGAGCAUUCUUUACCCUCCUGCUGCUCCGCCGCCGCCGCCGAUGAAGCCAGCCGAGGACGAGGACCAAGGAGGCGGGGAUGAUGACCAGACAGAAAGAUCAACCACGGUGGUUGACUAAUUUUCUUUCGCUUCAUAGUUUACGGACGCGAAAUAUUCGCAUCGCUGAUUCGCGCCCUCGCAGAAUAUACCUCCUUGAUAAAAAUUUGAAUAAAUGCGAUUUCUUGGAUAGCGCCA